ACAAGAAAGAAGAUUCGAAAGGGAUCCCAAUCUGAAGAAUGAGUAUGUUAAAGCUAUAGAAGAAUACAUGAAACUAAACUACAUUGAAGAAGUUCCUGAAGAAGAAGUUAACAAGGAAGCAGUAUACCUACCAUAUCACGCUGUGAUUAAAGAAGAAAAAGAAACUACAAAGACUAGAAUAGUCUUUAAUGCUUCUUCUAAAGGCUCUAAUGGCGUAUCCCUGAACGACGAGCUCCUAAUCGGUCCCCAUUUACAAGAAGACAUGCGAAAUCUAGUCAUGAGAUGGCGCAUGCGACGUGUAGCCAUGAUAUCAGACAUAAAGAAGAUGUACUUACAGAUUCUGAUGAGCCCGAAGGAUACCGAUUUCCAGAGGAUACUAUGGCGUAAAAAUACAAGCGAUCCAGUUAAACACUACCGACUGCUUCGCGUGACUUUUGGCACUGCUUCUGCGCCUUAUCUUGCUGUCAAGACGCUCCAACAAGUGGCAGAAGAUGAAGGCAAGGAGUACCCGCUUGCAUCGAAAACCAUAAAAGAAGAUUUUUUCAUGGACGACCUGAUGACCGGGUCAGACACCGUGCAAGAGGCUGUAGAUGUUGCCAAGCAGAUCACUGAAAUAUUGAAGAAGGGAGGGUUUGCACUCCAAAAAUGGGCUUCCAAUAGCACUGACUUCCUAAAAGAAUUUGAACCUUCAGAGAGAAGUACGCAUGUCAAGAUCGAUAUCGAGCUAGGAGGUACAAUCAAGGCCCUGGGACUGUGCUGGAAUAUGGGCGAAGAUAUCUUCCAGUACACUUUGAACUUAGCAGAUCCACCUGAAGUCAUCACGAAACGAAACAUAUUGGCUGACAUUCAGCGACUUUUCGAUCCAUUGGGCUGGAUAUCUCCUGCGUUACUGCCUGCAAAGAGAAUUAUACAGAAACUUUGGCUCUCACAUGUUGGCUGGGACCAUGAAGUAAACGAAGAAAUAAAGGAAGAAUGGCUAAGUCUACGAAAUGGAUUAGAGGAAAUUAAGAAUAUAAAGCUAGAUAGGUGGAUGAAUACGACACAGGACUCGAUGGAAGAUGUCACUAUACACGGCUUCUGCGAUGCUUCUAAUUAUGCCUAUGGCGCCGUGGCUUAUCUUCGCGCUAAAACACAAGAUGGAGAGUACAAGACGACUCUAAUAGCAGCCAAAACAAGAAUAGGACCUGUGAAGCCAAUGAGCGUCCCAAGACUUGAACUGUGCGGAGCUGUUCUACUAUCAAAACUGCUGAAACAAAUAAGCGAAGCAACCCGAAUACCUACCAGUAAGAUGUACGCGUGGACAGACUCUACAAUUGUGUUAUCCUGGCUGCAUGGAGAUCCUGCAAGAUGGCAAACAUUCGUAAGAAAUAGAGUGGUUGCCAUACAAGACAUUAUACCAAACCAAUGGUAUCAUGUUCGAACUACGGAGAACCCUGCUGACAUUUCAUCACGAGGUAUGGCGUUAAGUGAACUGAAGAACUGCGACCUCUGGUGGCAUGGACCGCAGUGGCUGAAACAUAAGAACAUACAAUUAGAACAUCCAAUAAUAGAAGAGACAGACCUGGAAAUGAAAAAAGUAACAAUACAGGUUAACCUAAAUAGAGAUGAAAAUACAGAAGUUUAUAAAACCUUACCUGAGAAGUUUGAAGACUAUGAUACUUUACCUGAUUUACUGAAGUCCAUCGUUUAUGCCAGAAGAUUCUUGACGUACCUAAAAGAGAAAAACACAAACACGGACAAGACAAUAACAACACAAGAAUUAGAGAAGGCACUACUAGUAUGUACAAAGGCUGUGCAAGCAGAAUAUUUCAAUGAAGACAUAGAAAGCUUAAAAACAAGAAAAAGAGUAAGCACUAAGAGCAAAUUAAGAACUUUAAACCCUUACCUUGACGAAAAUGAUAUCCUCAGGGUGGCCGGUAGAUUGUGCCAUUCUGAGUUAGAUGAAGAACGAAAGCAUCCUAUAAUUUUAUGCAAAUGUCACUUUACAUACCUCAUCAUGCACGACGCCCACCGAAGAACCUUACAUGGGCGAUAUCAGCUGACCCUGAAUUAUAUACGGUCAAAGUACUGGAUCUUAAGAGUAAAGGGAUUACUAACAACUUACCUCAGAAAAUGCCUCAAAUGUGCAAGACAUAAUGCUACUACUAGAGAUCAGCUGAUGGGAGAUCUGCCAAAACAAAGAGUAACACCUGCUAAACCUUUUCUAAAUAGCGGUGUUGAUUUUGCCGGACCUUACCAAAUUUUGAUGUCUAAGGGUCGAGGUGCUAAAACAUGUAAGGCCUACAUAGCAAUCUUCAUAUGCAUGGCCACGAAGGCUAUCCACCUCGAAUUGGUGAGUGACCUAACAUCCGAAGCAUUCAUCGGUUCUUUUCGAAGGUUCGUAGCACGGCGGGGCCGCUGUGCUCAUAUCUGGAGUGAUCAAGGCCGUAACUUCGUUGGUGCUAGUAAAGAGCUCGCUGACGAUUGGCAAGAGGCAAAACUUGAGUUUGACAGUGAAAUUGCAGAAAAACUAGCCCUUGAUGGCACGCAAUGGCAUUUUGUGCCAGCCUAUAGCCCUACGUUCGGCGGAUUAUGGGAGGCUGGUGUCCGUUCAAUGAAGUACCACCUGAAACGAAUCCUUAACACACACCUAACCUAUGAGGAAAUGAGCACGAUAAUCUGCCAGAUUGAAUCUUCUUUAAACAGUAGACCUCUGUGUCCGAUUGACGAGAAGAACAUCGACAGCAUGGACAUGCUCACGCCAGGCCACUUCUUACUUACCGAAGCACCGAUUAAUGUCCCAUCUCCAUCUCUCAAGGACGCCAAAAUAAGCAGUUUGAGCCGUUGGCGACACACUCAAAAAUUAGUCAACGACUUUUGGCGGCAGUGGCUGCAAGAAUAUUUAUGCCGGUUGCAACAGCGUCCCAAAUGGCUUAAGAGACGAGAAGAGCUAGAGAUUGGUCAAAUAGUCGUGAUCAAAAACGACCACUUACCACCUGGAAAAUGGCAGCUUGGACGCAUAGUAGAUAAACACCCGGGCGCUGACAACUUAACCCGUGUAUACAGUGUUAAAAGUGGUGACUCAAUCAUUAAAAGAACUAUUACUAAAUUGUGUCUUAUGCCCGUUGAUACAGAAUCUUAA